CCCCUUGUCAUGCGUUUCAAUAUGUGGGUGUGGUGAGCUAGCUAGCUGUAUGCAUGCUGUACAUGUACUGUGUGCAUGUGGUACAUGGUAGAUCUGUACUGUGCAAUUUCAAAGAGAUCGAGAAUGGACAAGCUCUGUGGCGUGGGAUCUCUUCAAGUGGUCUCCCACAAGUUCUCUAAUGGUGUGCAAGUUGUACGCUGUGUCCUAGACUUCUUCAAGUCUAUGGCAGAUGUGGAGCUGGCAUAUUCACAGUCGAUUGGUCGCCUUGUUCGUAGCUCCGCCUACACCUUCCACUCCAAUAUCCUCAUGCAGUGGCUGGGAUCAGAGCCGUACGAGGAAACUGGAACCAUGAAGCAUUGUUGGCAGCAGCUGGGUACCGAGGUCUCCCUGUUGGCAGACCACCAUGCCAACAAGGCGGAGGGCUACCUCACACCAGUCAGGAUACAACUGCAGACACUCCUGCCACGACUGGAAGACAUGCGGAUGAAGCUCAAGAACAAGACCCAGCAGUUGAGGACAUCAGUGGAGAUAGCUGAGAAGAUACACAACAAAGAGAAGACCAAGUACCAGCAGAUGGGGGACACUUGUCUGAGACUGCGUGGACGAAUGGAUGGGGAAGAUGGACAGCAACCAGGGGUCAUAAGAAUGAAAAUGACGGAGCACAAAGAGGCAGUGAUGACCAGAGAUUUGGAGCUACAGGAAAAGGCUUACAAAUCAGCCCACGAAGAGUUGGUGAAGAUCUACCAGAUCUUCAACAGGGAGAUUGAGGAGUUGUACACAGAAGUGGAACAGACUGAGAGAGAGAGAGUGAAGACCUUGAAAGAGUCAUUACAGCAAUUCACAAAGAACCUGUCCAACACAGCACCUGUGUACCUGGAGGGAAUGAGCAAGAUAGUCCUGACUAUAGAUGAGAUUGAUGCCUCCAGUGAUAUAGAGAACUUUGUGGAAUCGCAGACCCAACUCUCAGAGAAACUUACACCCCCAAUCUUUGAGCAGCACCAGGCGGCCACACUCACCUCACCUCCUCUGAUGAGGGAACAGAUCUCUCCAGAUACUCAAACACAGACGGAGGAUGAUUCGAUGCUGAAUGGGAAUCGAACUCCCUCUCUCAGGAGUCAAAGGUCAAUAUCCAACGACAUUCUCAAUACAGACACUGAAAAGGUCAAAGAUCAGAGUACACAGGUCAAAAAUAAACACAAACAGUCACCAGAAGAAGUGGUUGUACGAGUAGCUAAGAAGAGACCAUCUGUCAAACCAAAGCCACCUUCAACAAGUGAUAAUCGUGCAGUAAGUUCUUCAGAACAUACGAGCAGUUCUUCAAGUCAUGUGAGUCAAGUUAUAAUGAGGAUGGAAUCCAGUGGUGAGGCGGCAAGUCGACCACACAAACCUCCCAAUAUUGUAUUACCAUCAGUGAGAUCAUUGGAACACACUGGACGCCCUCGAACACGAACCAAUCCCUCCCCUCUCACCACACCCAUUUCAACUCGUCGGUUAUCAGCACACAUUCCUAAGCACGAUGAGGUGGCAGACACUCUAGAGAAGCUGAGAAGAUUAGCGUUGAACAAUGACUGUUAUGGUCUACUGGGGGUGGAGUCCAGUGCCAGCCUGGAGGAGCUAACUCGUGCAAGGAGGGAGAAGUCACGGCAACUACAUCCCGACCACUUUGCUGGACAGCCAGACAGGAAACACAAAGCUGAGGAGCAGCUGUCACGGAUCAACCAAAUCUUUCAAGACGUUCUCAAGACUCCUGACAAAAGAGAUCUGUACGACAAACUCUGUCAUUUCAGAAAAUUCUAUGAGCGCAUCCCUGAACAGUACAAGGGUCUGGACAAGGCUAGGCGCAAACUAGCGGAUCACGCUCGGCUCAUCAAGAAGGCACAGUUCCCACUCACGUUGCUAGAGGAAGCACAGCUAGCUGUUCAACUGGUAGAACUCAGAAUAGCCAAAGUACCUCAGGACAACACUUAGUAUAAAAUUUUUAAGACAGUGUUUUCGUUUGGUAGUGUUUUUUAGUUUUUUAGUGUCUGUACGUGUUUUUGACCUCCCAAUCAACAGGUGUGAGAUUAUAUCAUGUUUCAUUAAA